UGAGAUCGCAGGGGUCUCCACUCUUCAGCGAUCUCUCUUCUCCUUUGUUGUUUUCUUAAGCUCACUCAGCAGAUUGGCAGCUUUGGAGAAUCUCGACUGCUUCAAGCAUUAUGAAAGCCUUUGUGGCACCUUUCAUGUGUCUUGUUCUCUUCUCUUGUAAUGCUCUUGUUGCCACUGCACUAGAUACCAUAACAACAAAUCAGUCAGUUCGAGAUGGCGAGAGCCUACUUUCUGCUGGUGGGACAUUUGAGCUGGGGUUCUUCAGUGCGGGCGAUCCCCCAAAGCGAUAUCUGGGAAUAUGGUACAAGAAAAUAACCACAAUGACAAUAGUGUGGGUUGCAAAUAGAGUCGCACCCCUUGCAGAUGCAUCAAGUACUUUGAGGGUUACCAGCCGCGGAAGUCUCGUCCUUCUGGACGGGAUGGGAAGUGAAAUCUGGUCGUCCAACUUGCCGAUACCAGCGCGUAAUCCAGUUGCGCAGCUCUUGGAUACAGGAAAUCUUGUUGUGAGAGAUGCAGAUGGCAGUGAUUCCAAUAAUUUCCUGUGGCAGAGUUUUGACUAUCCUACAGAUACAUUUCUAGCUGGUAUGAAGAUAGGAUGGAAUAGAACAUCAGGCUUCAAUCGUUAUUUAACGUCAUGGAAGAGCAUUGAUGAUCCUUCUCCGGGCAACUUCACGUAUCAAGUUGAUCCGAAUGGCUACCCACAACUCCUAUUGAAGCAGGGUUCUGACAUCAAGUUCAGGUCAGGACCAUGGAAUGGUCUUCGAUGGAGUGGCACACCUAAUUUAAAUCCAAACCCAUAUUACAGGUAUGAAUUUGUGUUAAAUGAGGAAGAGAUGUACUACCGCUACGAGCUCCUCAACAGUUCGGUCAUUUCCAGGAAGAUAUUGAUGCCCAAUGGCAUCGUACAACGAUUCACUUGGAUUGACCGAACGCAGGGUUGGACGCUUUACCUCACCGCACCAAUUGACCAAUGUGACAACUAUGCAUCAUGUGGUGCCUAUGGUAGCUGUAGGGUUGAUACUUCCCCAGUGUGUAGGUGCUUGAAAGGCUUUGUGCCCCAAUUAUCUCAAGAAUGGGAUAUUUUGGAUUGGUCAAAUGGGUGCGUGAGGAGAAAUCCUUUGGAUUGUGACAAGGACAUAUUUGUGAAGUAUUCUUGGUUAAAAUUGCCGGAUACUCAGUCUUCCUGGUUUAACACGAGCAUGAAUCUUCAAGAAUGUGAAGUCGUUUGCAAGAAAAAUUGUUCCUGUACAGCUUAUUCAAACUUAGACAUCAGAGAUGGAGGAAGUGGUUGCUUGCUGUGGUUGGUCGAGCUGAUUGACAUUAGAGAGUACAACAACUACGGGCAGGACCUCUACAUCCGGAUGGCUGCAUCAGAAUCAGGUUUACUACCGUCACACCAAAAGAAGCAUAAGCUGGUCAUCGGCUUGGCAAUUUCUUUCGGGUCUGUUUUCCUCUGCCUGGUUCUUACCAUCUGCAUUCUACAAUACAAGAAGAAAAUGGAGCUUGCCGAAGGUAAAAAGGGGAGUUUGGAAUCAGGAGAUAACUACGAAAGCCAGAAGGAAGAUCUUGAGUUGCCGCUAUUUGACUUGUCUACAGUAGCUAUUGCUACGAAUAACUUUUCAACCGACAAUAAGCUUGGAGAAGGUGGUUUUGGACCUGUCUACAAGGGUGUGUUGAAGGGUGGUCAAGAAAUUGCGGUGAAGAAGCUGUCAAGGAACUCAAGACAAGGGCUGCAUGAGUUUAAGAAUGAAGUUAUAUAUGUUUCCAAGCUGCAGCACCGGAACCUAGUGAAGCUUCUAGGAUGUUGCAUUCAGGAAGAAAAUAUUUUAAUCUAUGAAUUCAUGCCCAACAGAAGCUUGGACUCAUUUCUCUUUGAUCCAACGCAGAGGGAGCAACUGGACUGGUCAGCUCGUUUCAACAUCAUCAUUGGAAUUGCUAGGGGGCUUCUUUACCUUCAUCAAGAUUCCAGACUCAGGAUUAUUCACAGAGAUGUAAAAGCGAGCAAUGUAUUGUUAGAUUAUGAGAUGAACCCUAAGAUCUCUGAUUUUGGCUUGGCUAAAAGCUUCGCAGGGAAUGAGACACAGGCAAAUACUAACAGAGUGGUUGGAACAUAUGGUUACAUGUCUCCAGAGUAUGCUCUUGAUGGAGUUUUCUCAACAAAAUCUGAUGUCUUUAGCUAUGGUGUAUUGGUGCUUGAGAUCGUAAGCGGGUUGAGAAACAGAGGGUUUCAACAUCCAGACCAUUAUCAUAAUCUUCUUGGACAUGCUUGGAUACUAUUCACAGAAGGCAGGUCCAUGCAGUUGCUUGAUAAGUUGGUUGAGAACUCGUGCAGUACUUUUGAAGCAUUACGGUCUAUUCAUAUUGGCCUAUUGUGCGUGCAGCGAUGCCCGGAUGAUAGGCCGAGUAUGUCCGCGGUGGUUAUGAUGCUGGGAAGCGACAUUGAAUUACCUCUUCCAAAAGAGCCAGGGUUUUUCAAUGAAAGGAAUCUACUCCAAGAAAACACGUCGCAUAGUCAGCCAAACGAAAUCACCAUGACAAUGUUAUCUGCUCGAUAAGAGAGUCAUGACCAUGACUUGUAUUUUUUUCUCUUUCUGUGAACCUUACACUCCAUGUGGAAAAUCAAAGUAAAAGUUCUUUAA